GUGAUCUAAUACUGAAUUGAUAAAAGAGAAAACUUAUUUAUGAAUUGGUUGAUAUCGCAAAUGGACCAAACAGAUAUUCCGAAUGAAACUUAAUUCAAAAUAAUGAUUUUUGAAGAGAGGCACUAAAUAUUAUUUUACAUUCGAUAUAACGUGGAAAAUGAGACAAUUCGCUCUUGUGAUACACCGACAGCAUUUAGUAUUAUUUUUACUGGCAUUAACUUUGAUAGGAACCACACCCGGUAAAAUUUUGCUUGUAUCUGCUACCUCUGCUAACCAUCGGGACAGAGGGAGCUCAUUUACUACUGGUGUUGAUUGGGAUGAUACGCCAGAUGAAGAGGAAGGUUACUGUGCACCAUACAAUGGGAAAGUUUGUAAAUCGUUGAUAAACAGCCGUCAAGUUUGGUACAGCCGUGAAGAUGGUACUGGUGGCUGGGAAAAUGAAAAAAUAACCGCUGCACUGUUUCGUGAUUUAAUAAAUGAUUUACCGGAUUACUGCAGGCCUGCCGCAGAGAAAAUGCUUUGUGCGUAUGCAUUUCCUCAGUGCGUAAUUAAAGACGGGGUUACCGUUCGGUUACCGUUAUGCUAUGAAGACUGCGUAGCUACUCACCUCCAGUUUUGCUACAAUGAUUGGGCCCUGAUUGAAGAGAAAAAGGAACGGGGUGAUGUGAUCAAAUCUCGUGGCCAUUUCAGAUUGCCGAAUUGUGAAGAACUUCCUCGUUACAAUAAAACAGCUCGUCCCUCAACUUGUUCUCAUGUUGGAUUGACGGAACUCGUUCCAGAAGAACUAACUUUCGAUUGCAGAAUGGGCAGCGGACGAUACUAUUUAGGAACGAUAAACGUAACGGCGACAGGCAUACCUUGCCAAAAAUGGGAUUCUCAAGAACCACAUUCGCACCAUAAGCCACCUCUGGUAUUUGCUGAGUUACAGGAUGCCGAAAAUUAUUGUAGAAACGCUGGUGGAGAAGAACCAACUCCUUGGUGUUACACUAUAAACAAAACAGUUCGGUGGCAGGCUUGUGACAUACCGCUUUGUCCCAAUUCUACUGACAUGAGCUCCACAAAAACACCAGUGAGUAUAGUAAUGGAAUCGGUGUUCACACCAUCGAUGAUCUUCUUACUCUCUGGUAUUGGAUUUGUCGCAAUUGUUCUGCUACAUCUUAUGGUAUUUCUGUGCUACCGAAUUACUAGGUAUAAUCGCAAUAGGCGACAAGGCACUGCUGGAUACAACACCACAUCGACGCAGGAAACCCAGGGUAUCGACAUAAAUAAGUUGCCUAGUAAUGUAAACUACCACCGCACUGGUGCUCAGCUAAACCCAAAACUUGAGAAGUUGGAGUUUCCGAGAAAUAACAUAAUCUAUAUUAAAGAUCUAGGUCAAGGAGCAUUUGGGCGUGUUUUUCAAGCCAAAGCACCGGGACUAAUUGCGGGAGAAGAUUUUACUUUGGUAGCUGUAAAGAUGUUGAAGGAUGAAGCAAGUCAGGACUUGCAGGUUGACUUCGAGCGCGAGGCCUGUCUCUUAGCAGAGUUUGAUCAUCCCAAUAUUGUAAAACUGCUUGGAGUGUGUGCUAUUGGUAGACCAAUGUGUCUUUUAUUUGAAUUUAUGGCUCGCGGGGAUUUAAAUGAAUUCUUGCGUCAAUGUUCUCCAUUUGCCCAUCAGAAUCGUGCAGAUAGUAUAAGCACGGAGCUUUCCCAUGGAGAUCUUCUGAGUAUAGCCUUCCAGAUUGCAUCUGGAAUGGUUUACCUAUCGGAGCGAAAGUUUGUUCACCGUGAUUUGGCAACGCGGAAUUGUUUGAUUGAUGACAAUAUGAUAGUAAAGAUCGCAGACUUCGGUUUAUCACAUAAAAUCUACUUGCAGGAUUACUAUAAAGGGGACGAAAAUGAUGCGAUUCCCAUUCGCUGGAUGCCUCUGGAAAGCAUUCUAUACAAUAAAUAUACGAUCGAGUCUGACGUUUGGGCGUACGGCGUAUGUAUUUGGGAGAUAUUUUCCUUCGCCAUGCAACCGUACUAUGGAAUGACACACGAAGAGGUCGUUAAGUUUGUAAAAGAGGGUAAUAUGCUCAGCUGCCCGGAGAAUACACCGCUUACGGUGUAUGACCUGAUGCGUAAAUGCUGGAACAGAAAACCUGCUGACCGACCCAGUUUUCCUUCUAUCUAUCAAAAGCUGCAACAAAUUCGAGCGGAUUUCGAAGGAAAACUGUUGAUGUAGUUAAUCGAAGGGUGAGACAAAUUUCUUUGGGAUAUCCAACUAUUCGGUAAAUUGACGCCUAAUUGGGUUUUGUUAUCAUUUACAAGUUGAAAAGGCUGCUUCUAUUUUGUAUAAACUAAGGCAAGGAAAACCAUUUUUGACUGAUUUAUUUUAUUAUAUUUGUGGAGCAAAUGAAAUUUAUUUUAUAUUACUAAUUCAUUGUUCAGUAUUUUAAUCCGUCAAAUGACUUGUAGUGUGUAAAACAAGUACAGAGGGUAGUGAUGAAAUAUUUUCACAUCUUGUGUGAUUUCGUCCCUCUGCUUUUAUAUCAUUGGAAUACGAAUUUACACAUGUAUUUGAAGCACAUUACGUUUUUUAUUGUUUUUUUUUUUAAAAUUGAGACUGCCAGUUUUUAAACAUAUGUUCGACUUUGAGAUUAUACAUAAUUUUGUAGAAAUUAUUUCCUAUGACUGAUAAUCCUAGAAUUUCCUCACUAACUUCAAAUUUCACUAACAACUAACUUUCAUUAGGAAUAAACAUUUCAUGCAAACUCUAUGCGUAUGCCGCCGUCAGUAUCUGCACAUUAAUUAAUUAUGUUCUUUGUUAAAUUUUAUUUAUUCACUGAUUUAAUGUCAAUAACGGAACCAUAACUACGUUGGCAUAUCGGCGAAGGCUGGUUAGACUAUGUGCUCUAAGUUUUCUGGUCUGACUUUGAUCGCAAUCUCAAUUAACAUAUUAGGUAGAUUGUCUUUAGUCUUAGAUGAGGUCGAAAGUUCGUUGAGACUGCUGGUUAGUUACGAUAGUUGAGGUCGGAGUCAAAUCGACACAGUCUAGAGCAGCCUUCAGUGUUCUUUAAAAAAUAUUAGUUGAUAACAAAUGCGAACUGAACAAUAAAAUAUAGAUCCUCUCUUAGUAUAUAAUUAUCUAAAUAUUAGUAAUAAGGCUUGAUUUAUCAGAUUUGUACUUUAAGUUACUAUGACCGUUGCAGUAGAAUUUUUGAACUGAUAAUUUUACA